CCGGCCGGCUGCGUGUUCGCCGCGUUUUCCGAACAUUCGCGCCGGUGUCGAGCACCAAAGUUCGCUAGUUCGCGGUUCAUUUGUUCGGGACUUCGGGGUCCAGUGCUCGCUUCCCAGCCCCGGGACAGUUUAGUUUCCUGUGAACUUUGAACAUUAUCCAGUGAUCAUCACAGACUGUGAAGCAGCCUGCUGUGCACAGGAUUUGGUUCCUGGGCUACUCAUACUUCUGACGAACGGGUGGUGGAUCCGUCGGCAUGACUGGCGAGACGCUGCGCUGGGCGCGGCUCGCGUUGCUUCUGUUGCACUCCUCUUUUGCAUUCAGUCGGAUCGCCUUCGAGAAGCUCACAGAUGUGGACUUCACAGGCACCGCGUACUACACUGUGCGCAACCUGUCACUCUACGAGUGCCAGGGCUGGUGCAGAGAGGAGCCCGACUGCCAAGCUGCCGCGUUUAGUUUCGUUCUAAACCCACUGACUCCAGUGCAAGAGACCCGCUGCCUGCUGCAGAACGACACGCAGGCCAAUAACCCCAUGGCUACGCCACAGCGCGCUGUGAACACAUACUACAUGGUGAAGCUACAAGUGCGUACUGAGAGCGUCUGCCUGAGGCCGUGGGCCUUCGAGCGCGUGCCCGGAAAGGCCCUUCGAGGCCUUGACAACGUCAUCAUCUACACUUCCACCAAGGAGGCCUGCCUUGCUGCGUGUCUUAAUGAGAAACGGUUCCCGUGCCGGUCUGCGGAGUACGAGUACGGCAGCAUGAGGUGUUCGCUCAGCGACUCUGAUAGGCGCACCGCCCAACACAUCGUGCAACUGGUCGACACGCCCGGCACUGACUACUUUGAAAACUUGUGCCUGAAGGCGGCGCAGGCGUGCAAGGGACACCGUCUGUUCACGGCGCCGCGCGUGGGCGUUGCGGAGGACAAAGUGGCGCAGUACGCCGGUCUACACUACUACACUGACAAGGAAUUGCAGGUAACUUCCGAGGCCGCAUGCAAGUUGGCGUGCGAGAUCGAGUCGGAGUUCCUGUGCCGGUCGUUCCUGUACUUGGGAGCACCUCACUCUACCGCAUACAACUGUCGACUGUACCACCUGGAUCAUCACACCCUGCCUGAUGGACCAUCGGCUUACUUGAACGCGGAGCGACCCCUGAUCGACGACGGCGAACCCAUCGGAAAGUACUUCGAGAACUUCUGUGAGAAGCCCCCAAGCAACUCUAACCCGAGCGGCGAGUUACCGGUUACCAUCGAGCACCAGCAAGACACUAACACGUCCAGCAACUUGACGAGGAAUGACGCUAACUGUGACAAGACUGGCACUUGUUACGAUGUGUCGGUACUUUGCAAGGAUACGAGAAUCGCUGUGCAAGUUCGCACUAACAGGCCUUUUAAUGGUCGUAUCUACGCGCUGGGUCGAUCCGAGACGUGUAACAUUGACGUCGUGAACAGCGAUCUCUUCCGACUCGAUCUAACGAUGGCUGGCCAGGAUUGUAAUACACAGAGCGUCACCGGAGUCUACUCUAACACUGUCGUCCUACAGCACCACAGUGUUGUCAUGACAAAGGCGGACAAGAUUUACAAAGUAAAAUGCACAUACGACAUGAGCUCCAAGAACAUUACAUUCGGAAUGGUACCAAUCAGAGAUCCUGAGAUGAUUUCCAUUACGGCAUCACCGGAGGCGCCUUCGCCGCGCAUUCGUAUCUUAGACGCCCACCAGCGAGAGGUCGAGACGGUCCGCAUCGGAGAUCGUCUUACCUUCCGCAUCGAGAUUCCCGAAGACACCCCGUAUGGCAUCUUCGCGCGCAGCUGUGUCGCAAUGGCUAAGGAUUCAAAGACGACCAUACAAAUCAUUGACGAUGAAGGGUGUCCAGUUGAUCCCUCAAUCUUCCCUGCCUUCACCCCCGACGGCAAUUCAUUGCAGACCGUUUAUGAAGCCUUCAGAUUUACCGAAUCCUACGGUGUCAUCUUCCAGUGCAACGUCAAAUACUGUCUUGGACCUUGCUCACCGGCGGUGUGUGAGUGGGCAAUGGAAUCGAUCGAAUCCUGGGGCAGAAGGAAGCGUUCUUUGCCACACAACGAGACCGGCGAGAACCACUCACAAGAAGAAAAUAUGAACAUUUCCCAAGAAAUACUCGUUUUGGACUUCGGCGACGAAAGACAGAGCACAGACUUCUUAAGGUCCGACAAGCCUGGCGGCACGGUGUCAGAGGCUAACUUCGGUGAAAAAACUGUGACAAUAGUAGAGCCGUGCCCCAGCAAGGCGUCGGUGCUGCUGCUGGGCGUGGCGUGCGCGCUGCUGGUACUUCUCUACAUCGCCACCGUGUUCUGCUACUACAUGCGCAAGUGGCUCGCGCCGCCCAAACACAUGUCGUAACCUGAUCGUCAAACCACACAUCAUUUUGACCGUGUUCAGAUUCCCCAUUUUACGCGCGUGUUUUGUUUUUAAACAGAGUUCCACCCUUAUUCAAUCAAUCAGGUUCGCGAAUAGUGUGUCCAAAAACGCACGAUCACAAAUCACGCGCGUAAAAUGCGUCAGACACGGACAGAGGCUACGUCGACGAUUGGUCUCGCGAGUAGUUCCGACGUUCUUCUCCGAGGAACUUGUGAUACGAAUGACUGAUGAAAAACAAUAUCAAUUAUUCACAGGUCAAAUCCGUCCAUUUAAUUUAGGAACCCUCAUUUGUAAUUGUAAACUAGAUUAUCCUCGUGGUGUCAAGCAUUGGAACGUUUUUGAUAUCUGUUUUGAUGAUAUUAUUGUGACCACCGCGUGUUUUGCAUUAACUUUAGUGGUAAUUUAUUGCAUUUAAAAGCAUUUAUUAAUAUUAAGUAGGCAUAGAAGUAACGAAAUACCCUGCAGGAUAAUCAUUAUGCAUUUAUUUAGCAGUUAAUCGAAUUCUAGGAUAUUUAUCCCCCUUAUAAACUGCUGCAAUAGGGUACCUAGGAAAUUGUAUUAUUAAGUAAGACAAUGCAUUUAUUAGAUAAAUAAGUUAAGCAACCAGUGUUUGUACAAUUGUUUAGCAUUUUUAGUGGUACCACGAAUUAUAUUUUUGGAAUAGUCCCUAAAAGCGAAUAUUAAAGCAAAAUAAAUGACGAAUAUGCUUUAUGGGAUUAUUCCGAACGACUAAAAUUUUAAACUGACUACAUAGUUUAGUGAACAAGCUUAAUUUAAGGACAAAAUUUUUGACGAAUGCUAUAAUUUACUCGUAAGAUAUCUGAACUCUUCCAACAUUAUUUCAAGUCAGUUUGACAGCUUAAUGCCGCUUUUUACCUCUGUCAAAAGUUCAGACUGUAUUUUUGUAAAUAUUAUACCAUUUAUUGCAAUUGCUUUGGCUCAAGCACUUUAGAAACUCUUAUGAACUUUCAGUUGGGUUCUGAAGAAAUAUAUAUAGGACUAAUUUUAUUUAUUGUACUGAGUGCACAACUAAA